GCAGGCCGCUUAGACCGGAGCAAUCCAGCGCCGAUCUGACGAUACUCCGCUGAUGUAACGCGGAGUCGGCGGGCUGUUUGAAAGGGCGGCCCUCGGCGCAGCGGCCGUGGCAGCGCUCGGAUAGCUGGUGUCGUUGCCGGGAUGGAAGCGCGGGACGUAGCGGGCUGCCCCGAGACAGGAGACAAGGCAACGUCGGCGGCGGCUUUCACGGAAGGAGCGACGGAGGAAGGGGCCGGUUUGCUUGUCAGGGAAGAGAAGGAGAAGACGCCGGACUUGCUCACGCUCUUUCGAAUCAAGGAACAAAUAAGUCAGCAUCUUAUGGAAUAUAAUACAAUAAUCAAUUCAGCAGAUGAAGAAAACAUUCCAGAUCAAGUUAUAGACGAAAAAAUCUUAGAGGGUUCCAUAGAAGAAUUGGAAAGAGACUUGGAAGAGGUGAGGGUGUCGUAUCAAAACAAAACCUUAGCAUUACAAAGGAUCCAAAUAGCAGAUGCCCUUAGAACCAAACUGAAGAAUGAAGAUGAUGAUGAUUCAAAGUUUAUCUGGGAUACUAUUAAGCACAUCAUGAUGCUUAGUACAGCAGUACUUAAAUCAAAGCAACAAUCCCGUGAACUGGAAGAAAAAUUGAAUGAGGUUAAGCAGAGAAGACUAGAAUUAAAGCGAGCUGGAGAAUGUAAACUGGCACAAAUACAUGAUAGGAAGAGAAAACAAAAAGUGGAUUUAGAAAAUAUGGAGGUUGGUGAAAUGUUGAAGAAAGUUCGUAAAAAUUUGCAACAGGAAAUUCAGAUGACUACAUUGAUUCAAAACGUUUUCCAGAACCUUAUUACUGGAAGUGGAGUCAAUUGGGCAAAGGAUCCAGCACUGAAGGCAAUUGUUCUACAACUGGAGAAAAAUGUGACUGGAAUCUGAAAUAACAUCAAGUUAAUGACUGCAUUAUCUGUGAUUUCCAAAUUCAGAGGAGAAAAUGUAAUCUGUCAGGUUUUUCUAAUAUACUGGACAUAUACUAAGAGUUGUGUAUCUGUACAAGAAUAUAUCACGCCAAAGUAUGUAUUGAUAUAGCAACAACAGAGAAAUUCCUGUUACAGUCAUUGCAAAUGCAUGCAAGGAGCUAUUCCUGGGGUGUCAUCUAGCUGUAAAAUAAUUCACAUCUCCUUCUCUUAAUUUUUCACAAAGUUACCAAUUGCUGUUUUUAUUGACAACAAAGCAGUAGGCCUUCUGGAAAAGCAGGUGUUUACAACGGUAGCCACUUCAUUCUCUCCUCACAAUUUAACCUGUGCUUUGUCUUCAUAUCAUGUAUGCAUAUGUGAGUAAGAUGCAACUUAAUAUUUUUUUGCUAAACUCCCUCAUUACAACGCUUUAUGUGUAACUUCAAUGGAUUUUUAAAGAGUCAUCAGUAGUCCAUAUAUUUAUAGUUGAUGUUGCAGAGUAUUUUUCAACAGUAUUUUCACUCUUGAUAGGGCCAUUUUUGAGUCUGUAAGAUAUUUGAAAUCAUCUAUUUUUCUAUAUCUGUGGGAAACAGAUGCCUAAAGACAUUUAGUUGAAAUGCUUUGUUAAAUUAUUCUGUGUUUUGGUGGAUAUGAUACUAUCACAUAUGGGCGCUUUAACUCAAAUACAAAUGAAGUGUAAUACUUGGAACAUUAGUCUAGUUAGUAGAAUCUUGUGAUAAGGUGCUUAAGAGAAGCAUUGGAAAAUAAAAGAUUAGAACUUCCCAGGAGCAAAUUUGCAUUAGAUAAAUACUAGUUAAAUAAUUGUCCCACAAAUAGGAGAUGGGAGAGGUGGUAAUAGAUUGCACAAUUAAGCUUCUUACUGGUUGUGGAAAUGAAGCUUGCAGCUUAAAAAGAAAGUAGCUAGGAAAAAUUAGGAUUAGAAAGAUAAUUAUUUGCUAAUACUCUGUCACAACCACGGUGCAUUCAGCUAAAGGUUCAUAUCAUUACGGGAAGGAACACAGGGAAGAUGAAGAUCCAAGAAGGCAAGGGGGGGCAGAAAUUGGGGGAAAACUGAUGGAAGAGGAAAGCUGUGGAAAUUUUAUUGUAACAUAUUAUUUUGAAUUGUGCAAUUCACCCUUCCCCAAGAAACUAUUAUUUAGCAACAACAAUAGGAAAACUAUAGCAUAGUAGGAUUUACAGCACUUCUUGUGGAAGGCAACUCUCUAGUUUUUCAUAGCCGAUGAAUAGGUAAUAUAGUAAAACUAGAAAUAGGCUCCACAAUAUCUAAAUAGCAGGUAGUCUCCUAAAUGUUGAUAUAGAGGUUUUUGCAGAAAUGGUGUAAUUGAUUUGUCCUGUAUUAUUAUGUCUCCUCUUGUUCCCAUUCCCAGACAAGAAUAAGUAUUUUGAGCCAAGACACACAAGGGUCCAUACAAAAUGGCAGUAGGAUCUUGUUCUCCAGCAACAACAGAUUUAUAAAUUGUCUGCUGCUGCUAUUAUCUCAAUGCCCUUUAGUAAACAGCAUAUGCACUAUACAUAGAUAAUAAUCUGAAGAUUACAUUCUAAAAUAACCUAUUAAGAAAAAUCACAGGACAAAAGGGUAGAUAAUUCACACUGCAGUGCUAUUGUAAUUGAAGUUCAUGUCACCAUUUACAGUUCUAGGGACAACAGUUUGAGGAGGGUACCAAACUGGGUUAUGUCCAGAGUGGGUGGCAAAAAUUGUAUGGGGCUGGAAUUCCCUUAAAUGGUUGCAGCUGAGUAUGCUAGGGAAAAAAUGAUUUUAAGACAAUAAAUGAGUCUUUAAGUACUUGGAGAGCUGUCACACAGAAAACAAAGCAGGUUUGUUAUUUGUUACUAGAAAGGCCCAAUAGAAAAGUUCAAAAUACAAAAAAGGGGGGUUUAAGAACUUGUUAAAUACUGGUGCAGCCUGCUUUCGGAGAUAAUAGACUUGGCUUUGUUAGAGACUUUUAAGAAAGGGUAGGAUGGUUAUCUGUGCCACAUGCCAUAGCAGUGGCUAUCCCUUAUCGUUAGGGAUGCCAUGGCCUUUGAACAAAUUAGAACUGACUCUAUGAAUGCAGGAGGAGGAAUUACUAAAUUCAUUGCCUAGUGACAGAGUUAUGAAUUAGAUGCAAGAUACAAUUUAACAAAUGUAGGUACCUUUAGUUGAACAAUUAUGUUUUGAAAGCCCCCCCCCCAAAAGUAAGAAUAUUUUGCAAAUGUAUUAAAAUGAAAUAUUUACUAUUGAUGGUUCAAUAAAUGUGCUUUGGUACUGAAGCUGUGCUUGCAAUUAAAUAAAAAUAGCUUUGUGUACUCUGGUGAUCUGAGUUGGAAGUAUAACUACAGCUUCUACUAACUUUUCCUCUCCUUUGAAGGUCAGAGAAGAUGACUAAGGAUCACCCACAGAUGAAAAGAGAAGGUCAAUUGUGCUUGGAGAUGACUUAACUCUGACUAGAUAUUCUGUUGUGGGCUGAAGUACAUCAUGUAAAUAGCUGUGUGUGCAGAUAUUCUAAAAAAUCAGCCUCGUAUUUGCAAUGUAAUUUUUGUGUAAAUAUGAGGUGCUAAGCAAACAAAACAAAUUUGCAUACUUAAAAUAUACAGUUAUUGUUCGCCACGUGGUAACUG